UUGACAACAAAGCGCUAUCAGAAUUUCUCAUUUUAUGUGUGAGGUACCAGGCAGCUGUCUUCCCAGGGAGUGAUCGGUGGUUUGGACCAUUAUAGUUUAAGGGCCACUGUAACAUAGUUUUGUUUUUUCGGUUUAAAAAAAAAAAAAAAGUGGUCGAUGCUUCAGUGAUAGCGCCUGCUUUCAUCGACCAUAAAAUUAGAUUAAACAGGCAGAAUAGUUGAUUAUAUCGGGAUUUUAUCUUGGCGAUCAGCUCGCUGUAGGACGCCGCCGCCUUUUGAUUAAGUCUUCUCAUUAAAAAGUUUAUCUUAACGUCUUAUGUCUGGAGAUAAAAGAACACUUCAGCGUUAGGCUCAGUGAAAUUCAUUCUUUAUCAUGUCAAGUGAAACCGAGCCAAAUGAAAAAUCACAUUUGUGUGGACAGUCUGUAAAUGACUCUUGUGAAUCAGAGGCAGGUUCCAGUAGCAGCAACAGCAGCUCUGUGCGACAUCUGCAAGCAUCCCUGGAGUCGGCUGGGAUUGAAUCUGUCAGGAGUGAGUCAUUUGGGUCCUCAUACUGUAAUGAAGAAUUCAAUUCUCAUGUGUCACUGAAGGAAUAUGAAGAUGAAGAGUUUGAAUCUUACGAUGAGGCAGAGAUCUUGGGUGAGGAUGUCCUUGCCGAGAAGUGGAUUAAUAUUCUGAAGGAAAAAGCCUCACAUUCAUGUAUGGACCACAAAAAACUGCUGCAUUCUUUUCUAAAAACAGAUACUAUAACUAUGGUCCCUGAAGAGAAAGAAGCCCUGAAAUCAUAUUGCAGAAAGAAGAUUAGUGUAAUGCGCCAGCAGCAUCAGAAAACGUCCACUUCUGGACAAACCAGGCAGACAGAAGCUGAUGAUUCCAAUUUAAAAGCAGUAGACUCAAACUUGAAGUGUGUUGUCCCAGAACAGAUAGUCAGAAGGCUACAGAUGAAAUCCAUCCUUGAGGCACUUAAGAAGGCAACAAAAGUGGAGAUGCAUGAGCCACAACAGUGUGCUGCAUGUCAGGGACGGCAAGGUGAACUAGCAGAAAAAAAUUUCAUAAGGAUAAAAACAACCCAGCUGGAAUCAAAAUUGCUGCAGCAUAGACUGGAGGAGUUUAUCUACACAAAAGAUCCUGUUUGCAUUGUUGGAGAAAUGUUAAGAGAUAUCCCAAAGAUAUCUACUGAUUCUGAUGCAGUGUGGCAGGCAUUUGUCAAACAUAAGUGUACCGCUGAAUGAGAUUCAUUAUUUUUUAAGGGACCAAACAGUGAACACUUAUUCAGCUCCAGAGUUCUCCUCAGCUGUAAGUUUGAGUCAAUACUAAUGCUUGUUUCUAAACUCCAAAGUGUUACGUAUUUUCUUCUUGGUCAGGAAUGCUGGCUAUUGAAUUGUACUAAUGAAAAACCAGGAGGGCUACUUGUAUGGUGUAAAUGUUCAUGAUUAAAAAAGUUACUAUAUGCAGA